CCGUAAACCCUAUUAGCACUCUUUACAUGACAGACAUAAAGGGCAAACUUGUAGUUCCAGGCCAGUACAUCACUUCGGCAUACAAAUUGGAUGGUUCAUCUCAAAAGCAGAUUGAACGAUAUAUUCCAGGCAAAGGUGCUAUCAUUUCCCAGAUCGAACAUGAAGACAAACAGAUUCCCGUAGUGGUAGCGACGAUUUUGGGACGAGUUAUCAUACGUGAAAUUGAAAGAGACCUCGAGAAUGACAAGGCAAAAACCAGCAGUAAUUACAACAAUAUAAAGUCCCAUGUUGUGGUGGUAGUACCCAAGUCAAACUCAUACAUUGAUUACAAUAUCGAAGUAGGUAGCAAUAUUCUAGAAGAUUCGAAUAUUUCAAUCAACUUGCCAAAAGAGAAUGAUGUAGUAUUAGUGAAAAUCACUAAGAUCACUCAGAAACAGGUUUACUGCGAGAUUCUCUCUGUUGAGGGCCAUGGAAACGUUUUGUCUGAUGGAGGAAUUGGAGCCAAUGGAGAAUUAGCUCACGAUUCUUUGCCCGCCGGUGGAGGCUCACAAAACUUAUCAAACCACCAAACGAUUGCUUCAAGCCAAGCUACAGCCUUAGGAGCACAAAGCAAUGACAUAGGUGAGAACUUCAAAGGUAUAAUAAGAUCGCAAGAUAUCAGAUCUACAGACAGAGACAAGGUUAAAGUCAUUGACAGCUACAAGCCAGGUGAUAUUGUCCGUGCUUUGAUUAUCAGUUUGGGUGAUGGUUCUAAUUACUACUUGAGCACAGCAAGAAACGACUUGGGAGUAAUAUUUGCCAAAAGUGAGAAUGGUAGUGGAAAUUUGAUGUAUCCUAUCGAUUGGCAGAACAUGAUGGAUGUUCAGUCUGGCUUGAUAGAGAAGAGAAAGUGCGCCAAUCCAUUUGCAUAGUCUUACAUAUAUAUCGAUUUUGUAUCGUAAUUAUAUAUUUAUAGAUUCUAUAUCAAAAAUUAGAAUCGUAUCUAU